AUGUCCUCAAAGAGGAAGUCGCCACCAACGAAGCUAUCGGAGGGCGGGGGCGGUACGGGUACAGUGGCAGGCGCCAACGAAGAGGAGGAGGACACUACCUCGCCGGUGGCCGGUUCCGGUGGCGAGGCAGCCGUCGUCGGUGAGGAGGGUGCCGCCACCCCCGUCGACAUCGAGGAGUGCUAUUCCCAUCAGAGAGGCGGCGAGUGCGAGUCGUCCGGCUGUUCGUCGCCGGCGACUACAAGCGAGCCGGAUCUACGCGACUCGCCGUCGCCCUCGUUGAAUUCCUUGCGGACGGCCAAGCGACAGAGGCUGCUGUUCCUGUCGAGCCAAGAGACCAUCGCACCGUACCACCCUCAUCAUCACCAUCACCACCAUCACCAUCAUCAUCAUCACCAUACGAACACGUCGUCGUCGUCGGGCGGUGCACUGGAACCGGCGAGCUCCUCGGAGUGCGGCUCGCCACCCACCCUCCUCUCCGUUGACCCCUAUUACCCUCAUCCCCAUCACAACAAUAACAACAAUACCGUCACGCAGAACAACAACAAUAACAACAACAAUAACGGCAGUGGUACCACCACUGCAGGCAGUAAAAGAUCCAUGGACGACGUUCUCAAAAGACUAACGUGCAAGAUGAACAGCGAAUCCCUGUCUAUCCAGGAUGAUACUACCAAUACCAGGCGGACGUCGCCGCCUCUCUCUUCCACGCCAACCGGUCACAAUGCACAUAGUUGCAGUGGAAGCACGACAACCACCACCGUGGCGAAUAACGUCGUACUCACACCUCCGGAUGCCGGAAGGAUACCAACCACGGAGACGCACGUAGAUCAAGACGGUGUGGCGGCCUUUCAAAGGAUCCUCUGCGCCGACACUUUCGUCGAGAAGGAGCGCCGGCUCUCCGAGAUGAUCCUGCAGCUGCAGUUGCUUAGGGAACGUUUGGUCCAACAGCAGGACCCAUCGAAGUCGUAUCCCGCUCACAUGACGGUCGACUCGCAGAAGCAAAUCGAGAUGCAGCGGCUGCAAACGGAGCACUUGAAGCGGCAGCAAGAGCACAUCAUGCAGCACAACAUCCAGGAGCUGCAGGCUCAGAUGACAAAGAGCCAGCUGAGCAUGUCGGGGCAGUCGCUGAUGUUCCUGCCGUUUCUCGAGCAGCUCAGAGCGCUGCCGGUGCAGUCGCCCAUGCCUCCGCCGCCGGCCACGUCGACCGCCACCACCGGCAACAAGCACAUCAACUCCAUCGCCAAUAUGAUCAGCAGCCACCGGGAGGGCCCGAGCUGGGCGAGCGCGCACCUCGCGCAGAUGACCACGCAGAUGGAGAAGGAAUCGUCGUCGCCGGCGCCGAUCUCAUCCGCGGUAGCGCCGACGGCCCCGCCGCCUCCCCAGGACCUCGACGCCCCGCUGAACCUCACCAAGCCGAAAUCGGCGUCCUCCUCGGGCGCCACGGCGUCCUCCUCGUCGCCCGGCAGCGAUUCGCACUCGACCGGCGCCGGAAGUAGCGGCCAGCAGGAGCAGCCGCUGGCGGCGACCGCGCCCAAGCUCUUCCCAUCGGGGCUGUCCUUGUCGCGGAAUUACCUGCAGACGCUCCCCUACGCCGGCAUGGCGCCGCAUCUCAGCACUCUGUCCUCGCCGAUGGGCAAGGUAAUGGCCAAAGACGAGGCCGGCGGACCCGGUGGAUCCGUGGCGGCCGCUGCGGCCGCGGCAGUGGAGAAGCACUUCGUGAUGCACGGGCUGUACGGAUUGCAGUCGAACGCAGGUGCGAUGCCGCCGUCGGCCCAGACUCAAAGACCGAUCAAGCAUUCUGGCCCUCGGGAGGAGACGCCUCAGGAGGAGCAGGAUUUUCUCUCGACGUCUCACAUGUGGCGAGAUCCGGGAUAUAAAGUGGCGGAAGACAUAACGGAAAAAGCUAAAAUGGUGAGGCAGCAGAAAAGGGAGAGUGAGAACAAGCCACAUAUCAAGCGACCUAUGAACGCAUUCAUGGUGUGGGCCAAGGACGAACGUAGGAAGAUCUUGAAAGCCUGCCCAGACAUGCAUAACUCGAACAUAUCGAAGAUUCUCGGCGCCCGGUGGAAGGCGAUGUCGAACUCGGAGAAGCAGCCGUAUUACGAGGAACAGUCGCGGCUGUCGAAGCUGCACAUGGAGAAGCAUCCCGACUACAGGUACCGGCCGCGGCCGAAGCGCACGUGCAUCGUGGACGGCAAAAAGAUGCGCAUCUCCGAGUACAAGUCGCUGAUGCGGCAGCGGCGGCAGGAGAUGCGGCAGCUGUGGUGCCGCGACGGUGGCAGCGAGAUGAACUUCUUGUCGCCGGUGAGCGCAGAUCUGACCGGCACGCAGCAUCACCCGGGCACGGGCGCCGGGCCGUCGGCGCGGCCGUCGGUCUCGCCCCCGGCGACGAUGCUGAACGGCGGCGGCGGCGGCGUCGCCGGCCCGAGCUCGGACCACCCUUCCUUUUAUUAUCCGCAGGACAGCCUCUCGCCCACGGACAUGAUGAACUUCUCGCCCGAGAAUUCCGGCUCUAUCGGCGGCUACGACGCGAGUCCGCGGCACCACGACGAGGAUUGAACCACGGCUCCGGGUCAGCCACUUUGGCCGCCCGGAGCAUCAUCGUCAUCAUCCUCAGCAGUGGCGGCGGCGGCGGCAGCCGCGGCGACCGCAGCGGCCGCGUCCACGUCGAGACUCGCUUACGAACUCUUCUGGUAAUCGGAAUCGUCUGUCUCGGUGUGACGUCGACGACGACGACGGCGACGUGUGUCUCGAGUCACACACUGGAACAUGUUUCCGAGCCGCGCUUCUCCGCACGACGGAGCGAACUGGAAGAGGGCACUCUACUUUUCAGGGAAAGAAGAGUUUCAGGCGUCUCGAAACCUCGCCGGAGGUUGUGAUAUAAUGUUCUAUCUCUGUGCCAUCGUACGCGAAACGCGAAGUAGAAGCGCGAGAGCGUCUCCGUCGCGACGUCGCUCGAUCGUCGAUCUUCCUUGCUCUUCGAUACAAGCUAUAACAGAAAAAAUACCGGUGUGUGUUUUCGCUAGUGUGCAAUCCGUUAGUCCGUUUGAUUCGUAUCGAAUGCGUGUACACGGAUCUCGAUACAGUUUUCCACAAACACAAGCUUGUAUAUCGUAUUGACAAAGCAACAUGUUUAGACUCGUUGAAUAUUUUGACAACGACAUCCUUUGAUGUCCCAUUUGCAGUGCUCAAUUAACAAGAAAAUAUACCCAACUAUCCCGCCAUAAUUUUGACGAUGAGCUUUGGAUAUGUUGUGUAAUGUAGAUCAAAAUAAUUUAACAUCAAAUUCAACUACGUAUGUAAAAUUGUUUUCCGAAAACGUAUCUUCCAAAACUGCGCUAGAAACAUGUAUAUAUUGUAUAACAUGUAAUGUAUCUAUAUUCGAAGCUCUCUUUCAUUUUUGCUAUAAAACAAUUUUUCGAAAUUGGUGACGGCAGAGGAAGAUGUAAAAUCAGUUUGCUUCACGUUUGCGUUUGAAUCCCUUAAAAUUAAAUACUGGAUGUGUGCGAGUCUUGCUUUUACGCGGUCAAACCGAAUCUUUUCAUGUUCGAAUUUAAAUCAAUUUUUCCUGAGUUUGUUAUAUAUGUUGCUUUGAAAAAUGAUUUGAUUAUAUUCGAAAUCGAGUCGUUGACGAUUCGAAAUCAUUCGAAGCACACCUUUGUCAAAUAUUCAGUAUCUAGUUUCUAAGAAAGUAUCUUUUAUAAUCUGUUCUGUAAUGCUCAUAUCCAAGGCUCAGUGAUAUUGGAGAACGGAACGGUUGAGUUUCUUCGUAAAUUCCUUAUUUUGACAAAAGACGAUUGCCGAUUUAGGUUCCGAGUUUUUCCAUCGCUGCGCGAUGCAACGCCAUUUCGAGACAAUCUGUAUCGAGACACGGUCUUUAUUUAUUCGUUCCCACAUGCGGCGGUUCACAAAUCGUUCUCGCGCAAGACUCUUCUGUUGCUCAUUUUCGUUCAGACAUUCUCGAGCCAAGUGCAUAUUGAAAACCCCGCGGUCUAAAGCCGAAACAACAGGCACAACGUCGUAAGACUUUGAAAGACGUUCCACCAGACAUCCUAAUCUCUCGCGCAUCUCCCGGGGACGUCUUUUCGCUCGGUGAAGGCGCGAACACUCGAAAAGACUUUGAGCAGUUAAACUUGAGGGGAAAAAUGGCAGUCGAGAACGUGAGCAGCCGUUUCGAAACUUAAGCAACGUUAACAAUUCCGAUUGGUUGAAGUUCUUCAAUCUUAAGUCUUACUGCUCGAGUUUUCUCGUGCGUUUCCAGCUUAACUCGCUCCCGCGUCACACGAGCGACGACGGAGAACGGCGUCUCUCACGCACGUCGGCGGUAUUCCCUGUAUAUUCUCCCGCAUCGUAAUCAAAAUUGCAAUCCGCACGAAACUCGUGGUAGACUUCGAUUAUCGGUAGCUAAAGCGUAGAGAUAACCGGCGUUGAAACAGCGGCCAAAAAAAAAACCCGACGACGCUCGUUGCACUUGGCGUCCCCGCAUCCGCGCGCGCGUGCGGGGGUCGCAAGGGCACGCGCAUACGUACGCAUAAUUUUUAUAAUAAGACAAUCGCGCGCCGAUUCGGAUGCGCAGCUCGUGCCGGUCUCCUUAUCGGACCUGGAUACACACAGCCGAUAUCACGUACAACGUUGCGACACGAUGCAUGGCCAAAAAGUCUUGUUCCUAUUUCUCCUAAGUGUGUAUGUGUGUGCGUCUAAACGAUACGGGCCGAUUUCGGAUGCGGACCGUGUCGAGAAAGAGAAACGAAAUGAACGGAGGGAAAGAGAGAGAAAGACGAAAAAGAGAGUGAGAGAGAGAGAGAGUGAAACGAAUAAGUAGAAACUGGUCUAUCGCAGCGUCUCCCGCAACGAGAUCGCGCGCGUCCGAACGCGUGGACGCCGCACGUGGCAAUAUCUUAUCUCGCGGCCGUCAGUCGGUCGUUGUAAAAUGUUCCAUCGUAUGUAAAACAACCGCGCGUUCGACGCGCUGAACGGAUGGUCGGGAACAGAGUGAGAAAAAAAAAGCUAGAAGAUAAUCGCACGCGCGAUCAAGCCCCGGUACGUGGACGCGCGACGACGGGCUUCUCGUUUAAUAUAAAUGCCUAGUACUUAUAGUAUUUUCACCGUUAAUUUAUUGACCCUAAAUGUAAAAGCAGCGAGACAGCCGAGAGGCGGUUGAUAGUCGACUGAGUGGCAGGGGGGCGAAAAGGGGCGAGAGGACGUAAAGGGGGUUGAAGACGGGAUGGACAUUGGGAAUUAGCGGAUCGUCGAUAUAUUAGUACAACGUUACGGUAAUAAACGGUCGCGAAAAAAAGGGAUUAUAGCGUUAUAUUUAUCGAAAGAUCGGAGCCCCGCAUCUGCGAUCCUGAUCGCCAUGCUCGACACGUCGCCCCGAUUUUCGUAAGGGCGCGCUUCUGCGACUUCGAAUUACAUUUACGAACGUGGGGGAGAUCGUGGUACACGAGGGGGUGGUGAGGCCGACGGGGGACAAUUACAGCCUCGCGGUUAAGUCGAUACGAAAAGACGAACGCAAUUGUAAACGUAGCUAGGUCUGUGGGGCGAUCGAACAAGGCGAUAUAAUGAUUUGGAGCUUGAUGUGAUAUAAUACUUAUGUGCCAAAUAGCGUUUUCGCGGGCGGGGGUUAAUCAAAAAAAAAAAA